AAAAAAGUUUUUUUGGAAAGUAAUAUGUUUAGAUUUUUCAAUAUUGAAAAGUAUAAACAAUGAACCAUAAAAUUUCCAUUCCACUUUUGUCCAUCAGUCAUUCAAAUCUUUGGGUGACCACUAUUAUUUUUGGGCGUAUUCUUCCAGAUUUGUACUUUGCAUAUAUACUUAGCUGUAUUAUUUUUUUCUCCCCUCCCUCAAAAUAUGGCAUUGCAUGUAUUUCUGUACUGUGCCUUUUUUACUUAUAUAUCUGUAAGGUUAGUCAAUCUAUAUAUGUAUAUCAAGAAUAUUCUCAUUUUUUCCAGUGGCUGCUUUUAUUUUAACCACUUACAUCAAGACAUAUUGUUGGUUCAUAUCUUUACUAUUACAAAUAAUCCUUCAGUGUGCAUUUGUAAUUUUGAUUGAUUUUGCCAGAUUGCCCUUGUUGAGUUCUGUCAUCUUAUGCUGCUAUUAACAGUGUAUGAGAACUCCUGUUUCUCAAUAGCCUCAAAACGUGGUGUCAUUUUGAUGUUGGUCAACCCAAGUUAAAAAAUGGCAUUUGGGUGUAGUUUUAUUUUGUAUCUUUCUUUUGAGUGAGGUUUAGCAUCUUUUGAUCUAUUUAAACUGUUAUACAAUUUUUCUGUUAACUGGGAUUUGCCCAUUUGCCCUUUGUUGUCUUAUUUUUAGUCAUUUGUUGGAACUCUUUAUUUAUUAGGUAGGUCAGACCUUUAAUGGGCUUAAACAAAAACUAAUGUUGGAUUAGAAGUUGCUUCAUUUCUAAUUGAAAUCGAAACAUUCCACUAACCACUGGGAGUUGAGGCCAGAGUUGUACAUUGCAUAGCCUGUCUAUUUAAAUUUCUUUCCCAGUCCUGCAGAACUUUGGGGGUCAACAUUUUUGGAGGAGUUUAUGGAGAUGACAUGAUAUUCUAAAUAAAUAUAUUUCAGAUAGUCUCUGAGGGAUGGUAGAUUGCUCAAGAAAUAGCAUAUUAAUUUAUCUUGCACAUUUUUUUUUUCAGACAAGCCUGGAAGCAGUGUUUUUAAAUCUCUCAUAUACAUGAACAUGCCUAUUACAUCAACCUUAUUCAUUGUAAAAUAUAGAUGUUUCAGUUUCUUAUUUAUGAAAAAAUGUAUCUGAUAACAAUGAGUCAGUAGCUUGAAGUUUAAUAACCCAUAAUGCUUGGAUAUUUUUUCGUUUUAACUGAAACUCUUAAUUUUCCAAGGCCUGAGUUUUCAUUCAACCUAUGUUUGUGGGACUAGUGGGCCCAAGCUGAUUUCAUGGCCUGGUCAGAUGUGAUGGCAUGUAUAGGCUGGCAGAUGGACUGCUAAUCAUUUCAAUUCCCCUUCGUCAAUGACACAUGAAUACAUAGUAUUCAAAGUCAAAUAACCAAAGAGAAAUAACCAAAUAGCCAUAAGUCAAAUAAAAGUAAUUGAGGCAGAUCCUUGUGAAGUCAUUAGAAGAAGAUCCAUUCUUAGAAAGACAGCUGCCACCACAAAACAAAAACAAAAGCAGGGCAAUUCCUCUCCUGCAGUUACUUUUGGAUGGAAGUAUGCACUUUUCCCAAUAGAAGAUGGUAAUCUCGGAGAAUGACCAUGGAGAAGGGGAUGAGUUCUGGAGAAGGGCUGCCUUCCAGAUCAUCUCAGGUUUCGGCUGUUAAAAUAACAGUCAAAGAGUUGGAAACAAAGCAGUCCCAUAAGGAGAAGCGAGGGGGCUUUGUGUUGGUACAUGCAGGUGCAGGUUAUCAUUCCGAAUCCAAAGCCAAGGAAUAUAAACAUGUAUGCAAACGAGCUUGUCAGAAGGCAAUUGAAAAGCUACAGGCUGGUGCUCUUGCGACAGAUGCAGUGACUGCAGCUCUGGUGGAACUCGAGGAUUCUCCUUUUACAAAUGCAGGAAUGGGAUCUAAUCUAAAUCUCUUGGGUGAAAUUGAGUGUGAUGCCAGCAUAAUGGAUGGAAAAUCCUUAAAUUUUGGAGCUGUUGGAGCACUGAGUGGAAUCAAGAAUCCAGUCUCAGUUGCAAACAGACUCUUGUGUGAAGGGCAGAAGGGCAAGCUCUCGGCUGGCCGAAUUCCUCCCUGCUUUUUAGUUGGAGAAGGAGCCUACAGAUGGGCAGUAGAUCAUGGAAUACCCUCUUGCCCUCCUAACAUCAUGACCACAAGAUUCAGUUUAGCUGCAUUUAAAAGAAACAAGAGGAAACUAGAGCUGGCAGAAAGGGUGGAAACAGAUUUCAUUCAACUAAAGAAAAGAAGACAAUCAAGUGAAAAGGAGAAUGACUCAGGCACUUUGGACACAGUGGGCGCUGUAGUGGUGGACCACGAAGGGAAUGUUGCUGCUGCAGUCUCCAGUGGAGGCUUGGCCUUGAAACAUCCAGGGAGAGUUGGACAGGCUGCUCUUUAUGGAUGUGGCUGCUGGGCUGAAAAUACUGGAGCUCAUAAUCCCUACUCCACAGCUGUGAGUACCUCAGUUCCAACAUGGCACAUAACUCAACUGAAGGGUCAACAACAGGAACAGCUUACCUCCUUCUAGAGGCAGUGGUCGCUAUGUCAUAGCUGCAGCCUGGAGAGCAGUCACAGGAGGAUGCCAUCAAUUAUAAUGUAUGGACUGAUUUCAGAAAAUUUUGAAUGUGGAAAAAAAUAUACUUUAGAAUUGAUAAAUUUUAAUAAAAGCUUUUUUUAUUCUCA